GUGGUGUCGUCGGCGGGCACCGUGUGCGUGCGCUACAUCGUGACGUUCGUGCACUCGCCGCGCCUCGUGCCCGUGAUCGUGGCCAACCUCACCGGCCACAAGAGCAAGGACAUCCGCUCGGCGCUCAGCGAGGUGCUAGUGCUGGUGCUGGAAAAGUGGCCAGCGCAUACGAUCGAGAAGCAGCAGCCGGUGAUUAGCGACGCCAUCCGCCGCGCCUGCGUCGACGCCGACAGCAACGCCAGAAACUACGGAAGGAGAGCGUACUGGGCAUACAAACGCCUGUUCCCGGAAGAGGCCGAGCAGCUCUUCGCGCGGCUCGACGUCGGCGCGCAGAAGCAGCUGGAGAGGGAGCGGAACCUCGGCAGUCUGGAUAGCCUGCAUCAUCUCGCUUCAGAGAGAAAAACAAUCACUAGUCCCAGAAGUCCAUCAGCAAGUGUUUCAGCAUCGACUGAGAACUUAGUUUCGGGCAUAAGCAGAACGAAUUCGUUGAGACGCCGGCGCGCAUCCCAGGAACGCCCGCCCAUCUCGCAUAUACCUAUCGCUAUGAGAGAGCGGUCGCCCGGCGCGGGCGCGGCGCGCUCGGUGUCGGCCGUGGACGCGGCGGCGGCGCAGCGCGCGCGCGCGAGGGCGCUGUACUCGCACAUGAGCCGCGCCAAGAUGGCGGCCGGCACGGCCAGCCUGCCGCGGGCGAAGCGUUCUCCCGUAGCUGCGGCGAGCGGUGUCCCGCCGAGCCCCGAGCGCGCCGCCGGCCGCAGCCGAUCUCGGCCUGGAGUCUCACAGUCGCAACCGACAUCAAGAUCAUCGUCGCCGUCGUCAGCUCGCAACGCAGGCCCGGUGUCGUUGGCCAGCGCAAGACGACGCCCCUCGGGGAUACCCAGGUCGCUUGCGAACUCCAGAGAAACCAGCCCCACUAGGUCUAACCGAUCGAGCAGCGUCGUAGGCUCGGCAAUUCGCCGCCGCGAGUCCAUGGAGAGGACCACGCCUUCCCGCGCACCGCAGGCCACGCUGCGGCUGCUGCAGCAGACCAGGGACGCCGAGGGUAUGCUCAGGGUACGUACCGAGAGCAAUCAUUAUUGAUACAAAGACUGAACAAUGACUCGAACCAGUGGUUGUUGCCUCAACGGGGCUACCGCUGUUGCUCUCUCGUGUUGGGUUUAAAAGGUUUUUUGCUGUAG